AUGAUGGGGGCACUGACUUGUGUAGCCUUUGAAUCUCUCCCAAGCUUGAGCAAAAGUCUCAUUGUUCCUCUGUAUGAAGCUCGAUAUCUCACUCCUCAGCUUGGCUGUGCGACCGGUGGAGAAAAACUUAGCAAGAAAGGCCUUCUUGCAUUCAUCCUAAGUGGUGAUUGUGCCAUGGGGCAAGCUCUUCUCCCAUUGCCUAUCAAACUCAUCAAGGUGAUCAAUGGGGUCUUCACUUGGCAAACUGAUAUGAUCAUGGAGGAGGUUGCUAAAGACUUGGACCAGGAAGCAGCUGGAGAGCUUGAAGCAGAGGAGCAGCUUGUACCAGAGGAAGCACUGACCAUACCAACUCGCCAAGUUACAAGGUCCCAAACUAAGUUGCUCAACCAAGGCAUUGGAAGAGUACUUAGCCGUUUGAGUCGGCAAGAUCAUGAGCUUAAGCAUUCCACUAUGGUUUGUUUAACAGCCCAACACUUGGGAUAA